UGUUUUCUCCACAGGAUCCUUUGAUCAUCCUCUAACGUACCGAUCUUCUGCUUCCGGUUCUGCUCCUCUCUGUAACCAUGGUUACUGGUUCUGUUUGGUUCUGUUUGUUAGAACACGUGGAGCGGAGAGAACAGAACAAAGAUCUUUGACAGGAUGCCUCACUCCGCCCUGAGUUCGGAGGAGAAGCAGAACUUUCAGCAGUCGGUCCAAACUGGUUCGGUUCGGGUUUUUGGUGGUUCCGGUUCUAUCUCUGAGCUCAGAGCUGAAGCAGCAGAAGCUGCUGUGGUCCCGGUUCUGUUGGACCGGCACAUGUCCCAGUUUGGACCGUUAUGGGAUGUAAAGAACUGAGUGAGAAUCCCUAUAAAUAGACCAGCUCUGGCCUAGCGGAUGUGACGUCACGCCCCCCUGCUCGGCUUUAUGUUUGAAGCUGGAAGCAGCAGGAGCCAAAGUUCUGCUCACAAUGGCUCUGCUGAGGCCCCCAGGGACCCAGGAUGGAUCCACCGAACCGGAACCGGACCAACAGAACCUUCAGCCGCCGGGCUCCGGGGAGCCGAACCAGAACCAGGCGGAGGCUGGAUGCGAACCCGAACCGGGUCCGAACAGCGCCGGGUCUACCCCGGAGGGCUGCCGCGUUCCUGGAGCGGAACCAGGGGGGGCGGAGGACGGGCCGGAGCCCCGCGGAGGAAGCAGGCCGGCGGGCCGCAGGGAGGGGAAGCCUCUGACCCGGAUGAACUCUGAGGAAAGCAUCUGCUCCAUCCAGAUGGACGCCGACAGCACCGCCUCCAGCGGCCGCUCCACCCCCGCCACGGUCACCGGGCCGGGCGGAACCGGGCCGGGCGGCGCCAGCAAGGCUCUGAGCUACACCUGCUGCUGGGACGACUGCCAGCUGCUGUUCUCCUGCAGCCCGGACCUGGCCGAGCACAUCCGGGCCACGCAUGUGGACGGACAGAGAGGAGGGGUCAGUCUGGAUCAGAACCAGAACCUGCUGGAUGGGUUCUGCUUUUUCUCUCUGCUGCACUAAUAGCUGGACCUGAGCUAAGGGGGGGUGAGGUUCUGUAGAAGUUUGAUCCAGUUGCUGUAGAUGCUGCAGGCAGGAAGGAUCUCCUGUAGAGGUCUGUCUGCAGUGGAUCUGGAUCAGCCUCUGACUGAAGACUCUCUGUUGGUGUUUAACAGUCUGCUGAAGAGGAUCAGACAGCUGGGCCUUCAGUCUGUCUGUCAGGUAGUCUUUGAUCCAGGUGGUUGUUGAUGCCUCCACCCGAGUCUGAUGGAGUUUCUCUCAAAGUCAGUCAGGCUGAAUCUGCAGAAUCAAAGACCAGGAUCCUCACAGUGCUGCCUGCCUGGUCUAAAUGACAGUGGGUUUGUGGCUGAUGACAUCAUCAACUCCACGGCGAGUCUUUUUUCUGGAAAAAGGCAGGAGGUCUACCUUCAGAGAUGUAGUCUCUGCCAUUUACAUAAAAUUAGUCCAAAGGUUUGUUUUCUCUGGUUCAGCAGCUGUUGGAACGUUGGCAGCGUAGCAGAGAGUGAGACGUGAUUCAAAUCACCAGUUAUUAUCACAAAUGCAUUUGGCUGCUGUGUCUGUAGCUUAGCAACAGAGCUGAUGACAUCACAUGCAGUGAUGGCAACAGCAGAAGGUGGAAUAUAAACGGUUACCAACAAAACACUGCUGAACUCUCUGGGUAAAUAAUAUGGAUGAAAACCAACAGCCAUCAGUUUAAUAUCUGGGCUGCAGAGAUGAAUCUUCACCUUAACAUCAUCUGUCCUGGAUGACAUCAUCUGUCCUGGAUGACAUCAUCUGUCCUGGAUGACAUCAUCUGUUGUUCACUAAUGCUACUAACCACCUCCUUAUAGUUUUCCAGUCUCCUUUAAAUCUCUGCUGGUUUGCUCAGACAGCAAAGAGACACUGCAGUCUGAGAUAUGAUCCUGCAGCCAGGUUUCAGUUAAACACAAAAUAUUGCAUUGCUGAUAUUCUGACUGGGUCCUUGCUGGGACUGGGAGUUCUUCCAACUGGUUUCCUAAAGAUCUCAUAUUGCCCAUGAUGACUGAUGGAAGAGAUGGUUUAUAUUUCCUGCUCCUCUAUCUCCUCCUGCUCUGCAUCCGCAGCACCUCCUCUGUUUCAACUCGUGGAAGUAGAUGUUCAUUAGUAGAAGAGAUAGCUUUAGUUCUGGUUCUGCCCUCGGUCCUCCUUAAAGCUGUGGUUCUGGUUCUGCCCUCGGUCCUCCUUAAAGCUU